AUGCACCUGAAAUUACUGUGGCCACUGGACGGGGGAAGGGAAGCUGAGAUUGGAGGGAGAAACAGUCAGAAACUGAGGUACUUUUAAAAUGCUUCGUAAGCCAUAAUGUCGUUGGACAAGUCCCUGCAUGUAAUAUUUUAUAUUAUUUUAAAUAUACUCUGAUGACAGAAGCAGAUUAAUCCGUGCGGAGCUGUCGCAUUUCUCCACCGACUCCAUCCCCGUUACAGUUGAACAGCGCUACAGCUAGCCCGUUAGUUAGCCUGACAGCUGGCUUUUCUGGGGUUGUUGGCUUGGUCUUAACUCUUUAAUUGCUCACGAUACUUAUGACAUUAAUAGUUCAGGGUUUUGCGGGAAUUUCUGCCUGUCUUUCGUGCAGUUUAAGUGGACAGUCAUUGUGGGUUUGAGGAGAAGCUGAAGCUGCGUCUUUGUGCCUGCGGGGUUACUAGCUGACAUGUUGCUAAAGCUAAGUGCUAAAGAUAAUGUUGGUUAGCUGUCAGUGUCACAGCGGUACAACACUCUCAUCAUCCCAAUAAAGUCCACUUUUUAUCAAUAUUUUACCAUAUUAUUAAGACACACUUAUUCCUCCUUGUUGUGAUUGACUUUGUAAGUUUAAUUCAGUGCGUUUGAAUGUUUUAUCUUUAGUUUUGCUGUGAUUUAAUGAACCUGUUUUCUGUAUUAGAAGGUUUUAAUAACAGUAGAUGAUUCAAAGUGAGCUACUACUAUUAUUUAACUAUAAUUAACAAAUUUGUGGUGUUUUAUAAGAACUGUUUGUGCUGUUUUGGUUACGAUCCGGUACUUUGAACAAGGACUGGGCGAUUUGGCCAAAAAAAUAAUCACGAUAUAUUUUGUCAUAUCGUCCGAUCUCGAUUAUUAUCACGAUUUCUUUUAAAUUGCCAGUUUUAAAACAUCUGUUCUAAAAACUUAAGAAAGUAGAAAUUGGUCCAACAUUUUAUUAACAUACAAAGUAAAUAACAAAGCAAAUUGAAUAAGAUACUCUUAAAAAUAUAUAAAAACAAUUUUAACUCUACAGUACAACAAAUGUAGAUAAAUACUGAAUAAAUGAACUAGUUUACAGCCCUGAGUGUGUUUGCAGGUAAAAGUAUAAGGAAGUUACAUUUAAAUAGGGUAAAACUGCUUUAAUUAGACUUUAACUUCCAUAACAUGAGCAUGCACACUAUAGGUAAUCUAACCCAAACCAAUAUAACAGCUGUAUAUUAAAAAAAUCCUCAUUCUGGAAGUUUCUCAAUCAUCUGUUUCUGUCAACAUGAUCAAACAGGUGAUCACUGUAUUUCAUAUUUAUGUUUGAAGACACAGAGGGUGGUGCAGCUGAACUUGAGGGUGUUAUUUGAAAGAUAAUAGAUGAGAAACAGAUUUGAAUUAGAAAGAGACCGAUAAAUGAGGCUCAUUAUUGGUAUUUUGAAAUAAUGUGCAUUAGUUAAUUCCCGCGCUUAUAAAGCCAGUAUAAGAAUAAAUCUAAUAAUUACAAAAUCCUGACAAGUGUUUCAUUUAAAUUGUUAUGAUGUACAGAAAAAUGGAGUUUAAUAUUGCCUCCAGUAUGAUUUAAAGUACAAUUAUCACCCGUCUGACAAUGCCAGUAAAAACUGGAAAUGUCAAAGUUCUGUAAAAGUGGAGUUCAUGGUGUAGUGGUCGAAUCGGGUUAUAUCAGAUCAGGGAUUGGCUGAUGAAUCGGUUGGCCAGUUGAGCUAAAAGCUCUUUAAAGUGUCUUUUCCAUCUCAGUGACACAUCCUCUUUAGUGUCGUAUAUUUUAACCAUCCUUUGGUCAUGUUUUCCAGAUAUUAUGUGACAGCCCCUCCUAAGGACUCUGGCCUCACAAGAACUCUACCCAUGACCUAUAUCUCAUUCAGCACCUGCAGUUCUCACCUCGGACGUGAACUGCUGUCUCAUGUGAGGCUGAAGACAUAA